CUGGAUUCAUGUUUGCAGCGGCGGAAGAAUCUCGGAGGCCACACUAUCUGCUGGGUUCCGCUGGGUCUCCCUGCUGCACAUCCAUUUCCUUUCUCUGGUCCUGGAACAAACAAAUUCAGCCCAUGGGAUCAGAGCGGAUGGAGAUGCGCAAACGGCAGAUGUCGGUGCAUCAGGAAGCAGUGAGUGCCACCCAGGCGCAGCAAGGUGUCGGCAAUAGGGGAUCUAAUGCCUGCUGUUUCUGUUGGUGCUGUUGUUGCAGCUGCUCAUGUCUUACUGUCCGGAAUCAGGAUGAUGAAAGAACAAGGAGGUCUUCUAAUGAAAUUAGAGGUCACGGCAUUCCAAACUGGGAAGAAAGUCCAUCUCCUACUCUAGAAGAUGUGUACUCCUGGGGGCAGUCAUUUGACAAACUGAUGACAACGCCAGCUGGAAGAAAUGCUUUCCGGGAAUUCCUACGUACAGAAUUUAGCGAGGAGAACAUGCUCUUCUGGAUGGCUUGUGAAGAACUCAAAAAGGAAGCCAGUAAGAAUGUAAUAGAAGAAAAGGCCAGGCUAAUAUAUGAGGACUACAUCUCAAUUCUCUCUCCCAAAGAGGUCAGCUUGGACUCCAGAGUAAGGGAAGUCAUUAACAGGAAUAUGCUGGAGCCUUCCCAACGCACUUUUGAUGAUGCCCAGCUUCAGAUCUACACUUUAAUGCACAGAGACUCCUACCCACGAUUUAUGAACUCUGCUAUUUACAAGAACCUUCUUCAAACCCUGUCGGAGAGCCCUGCCGACUCUUAGUUUUCUUCUCUAUGUUUCAUUUUUGUUUUUUUUUUAUAUAACUGUUGUUUUUAUUUAUUUAAAAUAAAAGAGAAAUGUGGUACUGUCCUUGGCAGGGAGUUGUAAGCAGGGAUGUUCCACCUACAACCCUACGUCUCUUGUGGCACUACAUCCCUGGCGCUGUAGCGGAAGGAUGCCGGGUGUUGUUAGUCAUCCCUUUUUUCAAGCUAUCAAGACUACGCCUGAAAUUUAUACUCAGGUAUAUUUUAAUAUGGACAAUACACCAUUAAUUCUACGGAGUGGUCUUCAUUGCCAUGCUUGGUAUUGGCAGCUAGUGAUCAACUGUAAUGGUAAUUGGUUUUUUUUUUUGGUUUUUUUCCCAUAAGAAGUUGAAGAAAUGUUUCAAUGAUCCUUCACCGAGUAGUUGUGUUUUUACAACAGUGAUUAGCAUGUACUCAAUGGCGAGAGUUACUCUGGUGGAAGUGCCUUGAUGUCCUCUGCUGAUUUCCUAGGCCACAUAUGGCACACGCGUCACCCAUGUCUACGAGAAAUGUCUGUUCUUAGUAAGCAGUUCUCUCCUAGAGAUGGUACUUCCACUUGUCUUAACUAGAGUACAUGUAUUUAUAUAUACAUAUAUAUAUUUAUGUACAAUAAAAUAGCAAUGGGCGUAUGGGCCCGCUGCUGAUCAAACUUACUGAAGCCAGUGGUCUGGAAAAAAAAUGUCUAUAAAAGAAUGCAUUUUCUUGUAAACCAGUCAAAGAAAUUUAUUAUUUUAAUAUGAAAAUUUCUCAUAAAUGGAUUUUUCUGUUUGUGUAUGUUUUUAAAAGUUAGAUUUAAAUAAUUCUUAUUAAUUUUUUUUAUUUCUAUUCUUUUGCAAAGGGAGAAAUAAAAAAAAUAUUCUAUUUAUUCUUUAGCAGAAGAAAAUAAACUGGAAAAAAACUGUAAUAAAGCACAAGAGUUUGAA